AACGCGGGUCAUGGGGAACUCCUCCAUGGAGAACAGUUCCCAUGGAUACAGGACACUUCUAGACCCGGUGACACCAACCCCGGCCGCCCAGGACUCUGUUCAAGGCCUCAGUUUGCCUCUCCAGAUCUUCUUCUGCUUUGUGAUUAUCUGUAUACUCCUGGUAGCCUUUCUGGGGAAUAUAGUGGUCUGUCUGAUGGUGUAUCAACGUUCUGCAAUGCGAUCUGCCAUUAACAUCUUGCUCGCCAGCUUGGCGUUCGCCGACAUGAUGUUGGCCGUCUUGAACAUGCCUUUUGCCAUGGUCACUGCGGUAACUACCAAGUGGAUCUUCGGAGAUGCCUUCUGCAGAGUGUCGGCUAUGUUCUUCUGGCUGUUUGUCAUAGAGGGGGCAGUCAUCCUCCUCAUAAUAAGCAUUGACCGCUUUCUAAUCAUUGUACAGAAACAGGACAAGCUGAGUCCCCACAGGGCCAAAGUACUCAUCGUUGUUUCCUGGAUAAUCUCCUUCUGUUUUUCUUUCCCUCUUGCCAUAGGCCUUCCAUCCCUGCAGAUCCCAUCUAGGGCUCCUCAGUGCGUGUUCGGCUACACUAGCGACCAAGGCUACCACGCGUACGUGGUACUCGUCACGCUGGUCUUCUUCUUCGUGCCCUUCCUUGUCAUGCUCUACACCUUCAUGGGGAUCCUGAACACCAUUCGUCACAACGCUAUACGCAUCCACAGCCAAACGGACAGCAUUUGCCUGAGUCAGGCCAGCAAAUUGGGCCUGAUGAGUCUCCAAAGGCCUUUCCAAAUGAACAUCGACAUGAGCUUCAAAACACGUGCCUUCACCACCAUCCUCAUCCUCUUUUCCGUCUUUACCGUUUGCUGGGCACCUUUCACCACCUACAGUCUGGUGUCCACAUUCAGUAGUGGUUUCUACUACAAGGAGAACUUCUUUGAAGUCAGCACCUGGCUCUUAUGUCUGUGCUACCUCAAGUCAGCUCUCAACCCCCUCAUAUACUACUGGCGGAUUAAGAAGUUCCGCGACGCCUGCCUUGACUUGAUGCCCAAGUACUUCAAAUUUAUUCCCCAGUUGCCCGGCCACACUAAACGGCGAAUACGUCCCAGUGCCAUUUAUGUGUGCGGAGAACAUCGUUCUGUGGAAUAA